AGGAUCGUGUUUUGGCUUCUGGGUUUGCCGCGCGCUUGGCCGAGCAUGCCCGACAAGGAGCGAUCGCGGUCUCCUAGCAGGGGCAAGCUGCGGAUCUCCCCGCUGAAGGGCCGCUUUGGCGCCUUGGUCGAGUCGGACCUCUCAGUGGAGAGGAUUCUCGACGGAGAACUGGGGCCGGAGCUCGUCAAGGCAUGGCAGGACUUCGGAGGCCUGUUGGUGAUGAGGGGCCUGACGACGAUGACCGCUGCAAAGCUGGCCGAGAUCAGUGCUCUCUUCGGCGAGGUGGAGAACGAGAUCGAUGACAGCAAGAAGUCGUUCGCCGUGGACGGAGAUCUACGGGUGAUGCGCAUCGGCAACACCCGGGACCCUGUCACAAAGGAGGCGACGGCUUUGAAUGCCAUUGAUCCCAUGCUGCCCCCAGGUGGAUCCCCGCAGUACCGGCCAGCCGACCGCAAGCCGGCGUGGCACACUGACUCCGUGUACCGCAAAGACGCGCCCAUCGGGUCCUUGCUGUACUGCAAGCAGACCCCUCCUGCUGGCGGAGCCACCUGCUUCGCAGAUGCUGUGGCGGCCUUUGAGGCCCUGAGCCCCGAGAAGCAGAAGCACGUGGCGGGUCUAGAGUGUCUGUGCUCCCAAGCGCAUCACGAUGCCAAGAUCAACAAGAGCUCCCCGGACUUCCCCACUUUGACGCCUGAGCAACGCCUCGCGAGCCCACCCCAGCGGGUGAGGAUGGCGCUGCGCCAUCCCCUCACCGGGAAAGUGGCGUUGUACGGGAUGAACGGGGGCACCUGCCGGGUGCUGCCGCAGGGCGCCCCGGUCACGGCGGAGGAGUUGGAUAGCUACGAGCUGGAUGCCGUAGAACAUGCGUCGGUGCAGGAGGAGUGGCGCUGCUUGUUGCCCUUCGUCACGGAUGAGCGCUUCACCGUGAAGUGGGAGUGGCGGAUCGGAGAUCUGGUCCUGUGGGACAACCGAUGUACCCUCCAUUGCGCUACAGGCUUCGACCGAGAACGAUACCAGCGGGAGAUGUGGCGCACUACCCUGUCACGCGACCGCUCGUGUAAGGAGCCGAGCUGUCAAUGAGAGCUCGAUGCUCAAAAGCGCUGCUUCUGAUUUGUGAAUCCAGCCCCAAUAUGA